UGCGAGUGCGUUGGUUGUGCGAUGAAGAACCAAACUGAGCAGUUAAAAGUUUAAUUUUGAAACCGUGUACCGUAUCUCAGUGUGUGUGUGUGUAGAAUUGCGCAGCGGCAACAAAUUGAAUUAUAACAGACAAUAAUAACAAUAUAAAAUAAGAAUGCAAAAACAACAAAACGAAACGAAGUGAAAGUGAAAGCCAAAAGCAAUACGCAAAGUGAAGACGGAGACGGAGAGGCAGAUGAAAAGGAGUGAGAAACGAGAGAGGAGUGAGUGCUAAGUGAAUAUAACGAAAACAAGAACGUUGUGCAAAUACAAUACAAAUAUAUAUAUUCGAAAUAUACGCAUAAAGAUACUUAUAUAAGAGGCACAUAAAAGCCCAGCGCAUAGACACAACAAAACGAUAAAACAAAAAGACAACAACAAUAGCAACAACAACAACAAGAAGCAGCACCAAGUGGUUGACUCUGUGAAGACGACAAGGCGGUAACAUGAUUUGAUUCUUUUGCUAGAGAGCUGCACAGUGGCAAAUGCAAAACAACAAUGAAAUGCAGGCUCAAUGCAGGCAAGUGGCGCAAAUGGAGGCAACCGGAGGCCGCAACUCGAGACGACAGUUGUCAGCGACAGCAACAGCCAAAGCAACAACAGCAACAACAGCAACAGCAACUAGUUGCUGGCAUUUGUGUAGAGGCGAGAAAACAAUUGCUGGUGUUAUUGUCGUUGCUGCUGCUGCUGGUGCUGGCAGUUGAGCAUGCAAAUGCAACUACAGCAGCAGCAGCAACUUCAACAGCGGCAACAGCAACAGCAACAACAUCAUCAUCAUCAUCGACAACAACAACAACUACAACAACUAGUAGCAAGCAAGCUCCUGCAAAUGAAACUGGCACUGGAGCAACAUCUGCAGCUGCAGCAACAUCCUCAUCAACGUUGCCCAACUCCGUGACAGGAGCAAGUGCAGCAGCAGCAGCAGCUGCAGUCGCCCUUGGCAAUCCAUUUAAAAACAUUCUGCGAAUUGGCGACGGCAACAUCGUUUCACGGACGGCCAUUGAGCAAUCGCUGGUGACAAUACACGACAUAGCGACGGAAAAUUUGGGCACAUUGUGCAUCUCGACGCUAUAUCGACCGCUCCAAGUGCCCAUCAACUCGGAACGCUUCGAGAGCUCCAGACAAAAGGCAGAUUUGGCAGCAUCGAUACUCCAAGAAGUGGGCAUCAUACGGCAUGGCGGACUCUCCGAUGCGCUGGCCAAGGGCUUGCUCACUGAUGAAUACAUAAAUGGUGCACGCAUUUUAGCUUUGAACCUAACGAACGGCGCCGUGCAGUCGUAUGUUUGGUGGGUGAAGAGCAACAGCGACAGCAACAACAACAACAAGUUGCAAGCGAGCGAGACGCAACGGUAUGAGGAGGAAUCGCUGCAGAUUGGCAAAAAGCCCGCGCACAGUUAUCCCUGGUUCGACGAUGAGAGCAGCACUCCAACAUUGCGCUCGCCAAAGUUUGCGCCAAGCCCACCGAAUAACUACUACAAGGGCUGGUGGACGUAUCCGUAUUUCUCAUGUGCCGUGAGUAAGUGGCUGGUAUCGUAUAGCAUUGCAAUACCGCCAAGUGGACGGCAUGGAUUGCGCGGCUUCAUAAGCGUGGACAUUGAUGUGACAUCGCUGCGCGUCAAUCAAUGCGAUGCCAUCCCGUAUCGCUUCAGCAGUCAACAGUUGCUACUGCGACAACGGCAGCCAGCACGUCGAUCCACAAUUGCAUCAGCUGCAGCAGCUGCUACUGCCAACAACAAUAACAAUGAUGUGGAUACCAUAAAUGAUUUGCAAGCGUUUCACAGUUCACACAAAUGCCAUCGUGCCUCCAUGGUGUGCGAUUAUCGACAACCGAGCGCAGAGACGCCGACAAUAAGCAGCGGCAAGAUAUUGGCCGGAAUGUCGUCGAGCAGCUGGUCACGGGGCGCCUAUCAAUGCCUUUGCAAGCGUGGCUUCUACUCACUGCGUCAUCCGGAUGGCUUCAAUGGCACAAUCAUGGAAAUCGCCUGGCAGGAGCAUCAAGACAAUAUAAGCAAUUAUUAUUCGGAAGUAUUCAAGUGUUACCCAUGCGCUCCUGGCUGUGACACCUGCACUGGCCCGGAGCCCUGUCUGGCCAACUAUCACUGGCCCUUCAGAAUAUCCCUGCUGACCAUAUCGAUUGGCUGCGCAUGUGGCACGUUUGUGCUCGCUGGCUAUCUGUUUCGGCAUCGACGCGUCAAAGUCUUCAAGGUGGCCAGUCCCAUAUUUUUGAUGAUCACGCUCAUUGGCUGUGCCAUUAUGUAUCUGGAGAUGGUCGCCAUUUUCCCAUAUUUGGACACCACUUGGUGUAUUGCCACCAAGUGGACGCGUCACAUGGGCUUCUGCAUCACCUACACUUCGCUGCUGAUGAAAACCUGGCGUGUCUCAUUGACGUAUCGCGUCAAAUCGGCGCAUAAGAUCAAGCUCAAUGACCAGCAGCUGUUGCAGUGGAUGGUUCCAAUAUUGCUCGUGAUGCUCAUCUAUCUGGGCACCUGGACUAUAUCUGCCACUCCUUAUGCUGAAGUCAUCUACGAUCAGCACCAUCUAAAGUUCAAACAGUGUUCGUACAACUGGUGGGAUCACAGUCUGGCCAUCGGCGAGGUCUUCUUCCUGGCCUGGGGCAUUCGGGUCUGCUACAACGUUCGCAACGCGGAGAGUCUCUACAACGAGGCGCGCCUGAUCUCGUAUGCCAUCUACAACAUUGCCAUAGUCAACAUUGCCAUGGUGGCGUUUCACGUUAUGCUCUUUCCGCACGCUGGACCGGAUUACAAAUACAUGCUGGGCUUUGUGCGCACCCAACUCUCCACGACGACGACAAUUGCUCUGGUCUUUGGUCCGAAGAUAGCGCGUGUCUUCAAGGGUCAGGGCGAUAAAUGGGAUCAGAAGGCCAAGGUGCGCAGCAUAACUGCGUCCUUCUCCCUCAAUGGCGUGGGUCUUGUGCCUGAAGAAUCGCCCGAUUUGUACCAGGAGAACGAGGAACUCAAGGAACAAAUCCAGAAGCUGGCGCAUCAGAUCGAGUUCAUGAAGACUGUGCACAUGCAGAUGAACAAUCGUCAUCUGAAACCGAAGCCAGGUGGCUACUUCACCAUCACAUCCACCUCGUUCCAGGCGCCCUACAGCAAGAGCAGCGUUUCCACGGCGCAAACACAAACCGGCGGCAAGGAUGAGAUCAGCUGCUUGUCUGGGAAUGCGACGCCCUCGAAAUGCAAAUCGCCCAAGGGUAAAGUCUGACGCGGUCAACGAAGUGUUAAAAAUUGCUCAAUAAAUGUUGUUGAUAAGCACGGGCAGAUCGUAGACGAUGCAAUUGAUUUUAGUUUCUAC